AUGACUCAGUCCGCUCCCCCUGGUGGCAGUGUCUCACCUGACAGAAUUGCAGAGGAAAUUUACAGCAAGAAUAUCGACCGGCGACUACUGGAUAAAAUAGAGUCGCUUGCUCAAGGUGAACCUGUCCAUCCCGAGAAACAGAUCACAAUUUGGGAUUUUGCUGGUCAAGAUGUCUAUUACACCACGCACCAGACGUUCCUCUCAGAGCAAAACAUCUACUUGUUGGUGUUUCGGCUUGACGUAGACCUCGAUGCCAAAAUCCGUGUAUACAGAAGAGAGAAGACGGUGAAAGAGUUUAUAGUGUAUUGGUUGAACUCUAUCCAUAUGCACACAGUUGGAAAAUUGAAGGAAGAAGACAAGAACGUCAGCCCGUACGUUUUGCUUAUUGGGACUCAUAAGGACAAAUUGCCUUCACAGGAAGCUGCUGAGGAGAUAAUUGGAAAUCUCAGGGACUAUCUCGACGACAAGCAUGAACUAAAAAAACACAUUUACCUUUCCUUUGCCAUAAGUAACUUGGCCAAAAAUGAAGAGUUUAUGAGAUGGUUCCAACUGGAAAUGGAUUUGGCAAAGAAGAGUGAGCAAAAGCCAAUCAUAGAUAUAAAAGAGCUGCGUGAAAUAGCGCGCUCAGUGGGGAUCCUUGAGGCCGAGUUACAUGAAAUGUUCAUUCCUUACCAUCACCGUCUGGGAGACGUCCUACACUUCAAAGUUGAUGGACUGGAAAAUGUCGUCAUACUGGAUCCACAGUGGUUGGCAGAUCUUUUUUCUAAAAUCAUGACCCCGCCCGUCAGUAAAAGUGGAGAGGAUCGCCUGGAUUUUCUGAAACUAGGUCUGGAAAAAGGAGAACUAGACGAGGAGGUGUUUGAUGUGUAUUUGCAGGAGAAAAAGAUGACCAAAAGAAGACAGAAGUAA